AAUAGCCAUGGUCGAGAAGGCGUCCAAUGCGUUUACACUGGAAAAGCUCCGAAAUCUGCAAUGGGAAAAGGUGUUUCAUAUGUUUUACAUCGAACCGGUUGUGUUCAUGCUGCUCUUCUCGCACACGCUAUCGGGUGAGUUACCCGCCCCAGUGCCUCAGCGCCCCAGUCCUCCGAAUCCGCCACCUAGAACCUAUCACCAAUUCGGCAUCUUGUUCAGGCACCAUCCAGCGCAACCAGGUCAUCUACCAGACGUGCACGGUGAUAUUCCACUACAACGAGAGCGACUGCAAGCAGCUGGAUGUGAAGAACGCCAGUGCGGAGAUUAAUGCCAUUGAGACGGAACUGCAGCCGUAUGUGGCCAAUCUGUUCCUGGCCCGCACCCUCCUGGAGAGCAUUGUGCCAGCCUUUUGCGGCCUGUUCAUCGGCUCCUGGUCGGAUCACUAUGGACGCAAGCCCCUGCUCAUUGUUUCCAUGAUAGGAUUCUCGGCAUCAUUCCUCAUGAUGGCCGCCAUCUGCGAGUUGUCCAGCUACUAUGUGGUCAACCCCUGGUGGUACAUCAUGGCUGCAGUGCCCCACUCCCUGCUAGGCGGCAAUUGCGUCUUCUCGGUGGCCGCCUUCUGCUUUAUCUCGGACAUCACCGAUUGCAAGUCGCGUCCCUAUCGCAUGAUCUUCAUGGAAUCGCUAUUCUUCAUUGGGUUGACAAGUGGAUCUUUGCUGUCCAGCUUUGUGUACGCGGCUGUGGGGUCAGCGGCGACCAUUGGGAUAUCCGGCUGCAUCGUCACCUUCGCAACGCUCUUCAUCAUCUUCUUUGUGCCGGAGAGCUUGCACUUCCAUAAGGAACAGGAAACGAAGAAUGCGAUUGCUGCAAAUGUCGAAAAGGAGUGCAUCGACAGCAAAGUGCCUAUAACCGCCUGUGACCUCCAGUUGGACCGCGUGGCGAUUGACUGCCCGCCGAACUUCAUGAACGACGAGGAGCCAGGGAAGGAGAAGAGGAUGGAGUUGCCCACACCGGCAACGCCUGCGAUGAGCUUCGACGACGACCUGUUGGCGAAGUACGUGGAGCGGCUGCCACAGAAGGCGGAGGAGCGCAAGCGCCAGGAGGCGGAAGAGCAGGCCAAGAAGGCGGGCUUGUUCAGUAUGGUGCACAUCAGGGACAUGAUCAGCACCUGCUUCAAGCGACGCGAUCAUCACGCGCGUGCCAUCAUCUGGCUGGUUACGCUGGCAAUGUUUCUCUCCAUCUUUGUAUUCGAUGGAGUGAUGACAGUGAUGUACCUAUUCGUGCGCGAGAAAUUCCACUGGACUGUGCGGGACUACACGUUCUUCGAAACGGUCAGCCACCUGGUGCCCAUGAUUGGCGCACUCAUCGGUUUCCUUGUUCUGCGAAAGGUCUUUCGCCUGUCGGUGGUGACCCUGGCACUGCUGGCCUUCUUUUCGGAGAUUCUGAACAAUCUGGCCAAGGGCUUUGCAACGAUGCCCUGGCACAUGUACCUUUCGGUGACCCUGGGCGUCUUCCGCUCCAUCUCAGGCCCCAUGUGCCGCACAAUAGUAUCGAACAUAGUGCCUCCCUCGGAUCUGGGCAAGAUUUUCUCCAUCAAGAAUGUUUUGCAGUCGUUUGCACCGUUCGUGGCGGCACCCUUGUACACCCUCAUCUAUAAGCGAUCCCUGACCACCUAUCCGGGUCUGUUCAACUUCGUCAGCUCGUUCCUGUACCUGCUUUCGUUCGUGUUUAUCGGAUAUGUCUUGCGGAUCAAAUACAGGCACAAGCAGCACUACGCCAAGGUUCUGAAGUGAGGCGGUAAAAAAUUAGCACGUGAUCAACUAACCGAGCAAUAAAGAUUUACAAGUGGAGCGAAUUUAAAGAUGCGAGUCCGAAAGCAGACGCUUAACUAUGAGGGACCAUCAGUUAUAAAUUGAACGAAUGGAUCUUUGUUUGACUUGUUUAUUUAUAUGUUAAAUUAUUUGUAAUUUUGUUUUAAAAAUGUAUCUAGCUAUAUAUCUGUACUCCUAGAGUAGACAAUUAAAAAGUCGCACCAUCUCGCCCUUUCAUUAGUUGAAUAUCGGGUAUGUAUAUCUCUUGUUGU